AUGGGUAACGGAAUAACAGUUAAUAAAAAACAAUUACCCGGUGUACCACAACCACCAGGUGCACGUAAAAUAGUUGUUAUUCCUUAUCAAAAUUGGAUUUAUUAUGAUGCACGUCGUUUUGGUCAUUUUAAUCAAUUUAGUACCGAUAAUAGUUGUGAAAUAUCUUUAAAUAAUAAUAAUAAUAAUAAUAAUAAUAAUACUAUAUCAUCUGGUCUCCCAUCACUUUCACCAAAUUCAUUUUCAUCUCCUUCAUCAUUUGUAUCAACAUCAUUAUCAUUAACAAAUGAUUUUAUUAUUCAAACUAAAACACAAUUAGCAUCAACAUCUGUUCCAUCAUCAUUAACAUUUUCAACUAAUAAAUCAAAUAUUCGUUAUAAUAGUAAUAAUAUUAAUACUAAUACUAAUACUAAUACUAAUAAUUAUUAUUCAUCAACAUCUACAUUUGCUGGUUCAACAAUGACUUUAUCAAAUUCAUCAUCAACAGUAACAUGUUCAUCAAUACUACCAUCAAAUGAUCAUGAUUCACGUCGUUUACAUCCAAAACCAAUAUAUUAUGUUAAUGGAAGAUUUUUUAAAAGUUUAACACGUCUUGGUGAUGCACAAUUUAUAUUAAGUGAACAUGGUGAAGAUGAUAUUAUAUUAACAGUACCAUCAAAUAUUGAACGUUAUCGUACAAAUGAUAAUACUGUACGUGAUCGUAUACAUCGUUUAAAUCGUGUUAUUGCAUGUUGUGAUGAAUUUAUUGUCUUUCAAUUAUGGAAAGGAAAUAAUGAAGUUGAAGUAUUUCUAUUUGAUCGACCUAUACCAACUGAAUCAUUAAAAAUAAAAUCAUCAACUAAAUGUACAUGUUUUCAUCGACAAUCUAAAACAACAUUAAUUCAACAAGAACAAACAUCAAAUACAAAUUUAUUACCACAAUCAUCAUCAACAUCAAUUAAUGAAUCAACAAUACGUAUUAAUCGACAUAGUUCAUUAAUGCAAACAGCAACAUUAAGUGCUUAUCAUACUGGUGAACCACAACGUUCACCAAUUAAAUCAUGUUCAUUAUUAAAUAAUACAGAAAAUCGUUUAGAUAUGCAAAAUGAUGCAUAUGAAUUUGUUGAUAAUACAAAAAAAGCUUCAUAUUUAAUUGGUUCAGCACGAUGUACAUUGGUAACUGCUUCAGCUGCUAUUAUUGCUAAUAAUCCUAAUGCUAAUAAUAACAAUAUAACAAUAACAUCGACUACGUCGAGAGCCCGAUUUGGGAAAUCGGCGAGUCGUUCAACUAUGGUCAAUACACGUUCAUAUUCAAUAUCAAAUGCUAAUGAUUUAAUAAAUAAUAAAAAUCAACAAAAUCAUUUAAAUAAUAAUUCAAAACAUCGUUCAACCCCAUAUUUAUCAUCAUCAUGUUGUUGUAUGGAUAGUAGAGAUUCUGUUUUAUUACCAGCAUCAUCUUCACCAACAUUUUCUUUAUCAUUAUCAUCAUCAACAUGGAAUAGUCGUAUUGUUCGAAAACUUAAUUCUGUUGCACAUCGUUUUAAUGCACGAUCAUAUACUUGUUUAAUAUCACCUGAUCGAACAAAAUUAUUAAUAACACCUGAUUAUGAAGAUAAACAUUCAUAUAGUCAUCAAAUACAUGAAGUAACUGUUAUAUUUGAUAUAAAAACUUAUGUAAUAUUACGUAUAACACCAGCUCGUUAUGAUCAACGAUUUUCAUUUGAUCCACGUUAUGGUCAUUCACGUUUAGCAGAAUUUGAUACAGUUCGUGGUCAAAUAACUGAUAUAAAAAAAGAUCGUGUGCUUGUUUGUUCAAAUCAUACAUUGAAAACAAAAGUUUAUCGAGUUGAAUAUACAAAUGAUGGACAUCUUAUUAUUGUUUUAUGCACACUUCCAAUAUUUCAACGUGUAAAACGAAAUUAUUUUCUUUAUAUAUUAAAUUCAUCUACAUUAUUACAUACACGUAGUAUAAUAGAUUAUCGUGGUCCAUUUUUUUCACCAUUUGUAUUUACAAAUGAAUUUUCACUUUUAUUUAAUAUUUAUCCAUCAUUAUCAAAUUGUUGUUCAACAUUAGCUAUUUUAAAAAAUAUUGAACCAUCAUCAAAUGUACGUCUUAUUGAAGUUUAUUCAUUACCAUAUACAUGUACAACAUUAAAAGCUAUAAUACGACGAAAUAUUUUACGUUAUGUUGAUAGAAAACAACUUAAACAAUUAUGUUUACCAGACAAUUUAAAAGCUUAUUUAGCUUAUAAACCACAAUUUGUUUAA